AAUGUUAAGGAAAAUAAUAAUUUGAUCAUUUAUUAAAAUACUUACUAGAAAUAAUAUAAUAACCUUCAAUAUUGAAUUAAUUGAAAACAAUCUCUAUUCGUAUAUGUGUCUGUUUUGAAUUUAAAUAAUAGUUGUCUGUAGACAGAAGUGACUUCACUUAAUAUAUGUACAUAACAGUCGGGUUUAAAACAAUGCCAUAAAUUUUAAUUGAAAAUCUUACCGACGUUUUAAUUUCAAAUUCUUAACAAAAAAACCUUGUAUUAAAAUGUGUAAAAAUAUAUGUUAGCUUAUACCGGGAGUGCGGGUAUCAUUUUAUCAAAUUGACAUCAAAACAACGUGGUCGGACUGUUUCAGUUUGAUAUGUUAAUAAAAUAAUUAAUUUUUUAUCAACUUAAAAUGGAAAAGUGUAUUUUAGAGUAAUUUUUUAAACCCUUUUGCUUGUGAUAGUGUCCUCGAAAUUAAAUAUGUACAAGUUUAACGAAGUACAUACCGCAAUCUGUGGAUUAUUAGUUCAGUCAAACUGGUUUGAAUAAGACUACAUAAACAUUUCUAGAGUUGAAUUUUUUAUUUAAUACAAAACUUGUAAGAUGCUACGUCACAACGGCUUAACUGGUAUGCCCAUAUAUAAGUUAAUCCUUGGCUUUGGAUUAUGCACUUUGGGUGGCGCUAUGUUAUAUACCUAUUUCAAAAAUCGGGAUGAAGAUAAGGAUAUGCCACAACCAAAACCCGUGGUAAAACAGAAAAGAAAACCACAAAGGAAUGACGAAGAAGUGAAGAUUAACUUUGAAAUAUUAAAUGAGCAUAUACCACUAUGUGUGGGUCGUGGAGGAUCCAAUUUAAAAUCCAUUGAACAACAGACGAGCACAAAAAUACAUUUAAGAGACAAAAAUGAUAAGUACAAGAGCUGUGAUAUAUUCGGAACGACAGACGGCGUAAAACAAGCUCGCGCAUUACUAUUAAAAGAAAUAGAACGGGCGCCAAUUGUCAAGGAAGAAAUCUUUGUCCCACAAAGUGUAUGCGGAAAAAUUAUGGGACGAUGCGGUGAGGCAAUGCAAGAAAUUUGUCGCAUAUCUUUGGCAAAAGUUACUGUGGACUCAGGUAGUGGUCGCAGCGGAGGGGCUAUGGAUAAAAGGCGCAUUCUUUUAACUGGAAACCAGCAACAGGUAAAUAUUGCUCGAAAAUUGAUUGAGGAGAAAAUUGAAGAAGAUGAAGACCUUCGGCGAGCCGUUGAAGAAGUCGAACAUAGACGCGAGCCGCGCCGUUCGCCUUCGAACAGCAUCAAUUCAAGCAUGUAUUCUUCGCAAACGUCUUUGAGUUCCUAUUUGCCUCCCCGUGAAAAACUUCUCGCUUCUCGUAAUGAGGAUAAGCCAAUGGAGGUUUAUGUAUCUGCGAUUGCAUCACCUUCCAAAUUUUGGGUACAAAUUAUUGGUCCUCAAUCAAAGAAACUAGAUGAUAUGGUACAAUCAAUGACAGAGUACUACAGUGAACCGGAGAAUAAAGCCCGUCAUCAAAUCGUGGAACCAUAUUUAGGUCAAAUCGUGGCAGCCGUAUUUAAAUAUGACGGAAAGUGGUAUCGGGCCGAAAUUGUGGGUAUUUUACCAAAUCAGUAUAACCCAAACGACGUAGUACUAGACCUUUAUUUCGUUGAUUACGGCGAUAGUGAAUACGUAUCGCCUCAUGAGGUAUUUGAAUUGCGUACCGAUUUUUUGACUUUAAGAUUCCAAGCAGUAGAAUGCUUCUUAGCUGGUGUUAAGUCUACCAUGCUGCAAGAUGCAGAUACUUGGGAUGCGCUAUCAAUCCAAAAAUUUGAGGAACUUACACAAGUUGCUAAUUGGAAGAAACUCAUUUCUCGAGCAACAACUUAUAAAGAGCGACAAAAGGGCGCAUCUGGUGCUGUCCGAGAGAGUUCACCCAUACCAGGUGUUGAACUUUUUGAUUUGACAGAAGGUGUGGAAGUCAACAUUGGACAUAUUUUAAUUUCACACGGAUUUGCCUUGCCUGCCGAUGACCUACCACGACCACGUUCCCCUUACUAUUUAAACCCAUCUGCAACCUUUCACCGUAACGAGAACUUGUCAAAUGGUAAAAGGAAUAAAAGCACUGAUGAUGAACAUUUUCUGGAGGAUCAGUAUGAAAAUAUACGAACAAAUAACAAUCUAUAUGCAGAUAAUGCUGAUAACAAAAUUGGCAUAUUAAUGGACGAACAAACAGCAGAUAAUCUAACAAAUUUGUCUGCACCCUUGAUGAAUAAGAAAUCUACUGAAGCGUUGGAAAAUAGUAAUUUACAUAUCAAAAAUGGAAAUUUAAAUCGAUAAGAGCGGCAUCUGUAAUGCCAAUUUAAUUAAGGCAUUGAUAACCUUUCAUGUUGCUACUUCUGUUAUAAUGCAUCAUUUAAUUUUACAUGUAGUGCUUAAGCGGGUGGAAAUAUGUAUAUAGGUAGAUGUUUGAAUGUUACAAACAUAUACGUCGACUGGACAAUUCCGAAACAUAUUUUAAUAGAUGUUAUUGCUUCAAUAUUGUUAUUUAGUGCCCCUAACAAAAAAUUGCGGGAAACCCAAUGAUUUAAAUUUUAUGUAGGAAUAUGGCGUUUUUUUUAGUAGUAACUUAAAUUGGAAACAGAUUGUUAAUUUUUAACAAUAUCUACUUAAAAUCUCUCUGUGUUGUCAAGAUCUAUUUAUUUUAUUGAGUAGACGAAAUUGUCUCAAUUAAAAUUGUCGUACAAAUUAAAUUUUUGGUUACGUACUACGUAUGUUACGUUUGCAAUGCAGCAAGCUAAAAAUAUAUUUUUUUCUAAGUCAAAUACCAAA